AAACAACUUGGAUACAAUAUGGCGGAAAAUGUAAACAUGUUUGGGUCAUGUUUGAAAUGUUGGUCACAAUUAUCAUUUGCAAUAAUAUAAGUGCAUUUUCAUCUAUCUUGUGAGACUUGAAUUGGAAAUUAAUUAUCAAUGCUCGCAAAGUAAAGGUUGAAUCUUAGCAGAGUUAUGUCCUCUUUGUGGUAUUUGUAAACUUGAAAAAAUGCCGAACAUCAAAACAUUUUGCCGAAUCAAACCAACAAACGAGACAUAUGAAGAGUUUGAAGCCUCGAAGAAAACUAUUUAUCUACGAGUACCUGAGGUCCUUAAAGAUUUUAAUUCCAACAACAAAGGGUCAAGGUCAUUUGUGAAUCAUGAGUUUAACUUUGACCACAUUUUCAUGCAAGAUGCCACACAGCAGAAUGUGUUUGAUGUGGCUGCCUUGGAUAUAGUCAAUGCAUUUUUGAGUGGUUAUAAUGGAACAAUAUUUGCGUAUGGUCAGACUGGUACUGGGAAGACAUAUACAGUCGAGGGAAGUGCUAAAACAUACCAUUCUAGAGGUCUUGAACCCAGGUCAUUGUCUAUGAUAUAUCAAGAAUUAGAGAAGAGAACAACAGAAGAUCUUAGUAUACAUAUAUCAUACCUAGAGAUCUACCAGGAUGUAGGCUAUGAUCUGCUUAAUCCAGGGGCCAGAACUCAGUCUUAUGUAACACCAUUUCCCAAGGUCAGUGUAGUAGAAGGAACUAGUGGCAUGUGCGUGGUACGCAAUCUGUCCAAUCAUCUCGCAGCUAGUGAAGAUGUUGCUCAGAGUCUUCUGCUUCAAGGUCAAGCUAAUAGAAAGGUCGCAGCCACGGCGAUACAUGACAGGUCAUCAAGGUCGCAUGCAGUGUUCACUAUACAGCUUACAUCAAAGAAAAUGGAUUCUGAUACUAUAAUAAGGUCAAAGCUACAUUUAGUGGAUCUUGCUGGGUCUGAGAGAGUUGCUAAGACCCGUGUGCUGGGGCAUCAGUUAACAGAAGCAAAGAAUAAUCUCUCCCUCCAUCAUUUAGAGCAAGUUAUUGUAGCUCUGCAAGAAGAAGCCCUAGCUGGGGAGAAGGCUAGCAGAGCUAGGACAUCUGUUGGUAAUAGAAGAUAUAAUUUUGUAACAAGACCCAGCAGUGCCGAUGGUAUCCGAGGACCUCGUCACGUUCCAUACAGGAAUUCUCUCCUUACCAUGCUGUUACGUGACAGCUUGGGUGGUAAUUGUAUGACCGCUAUGAUAGCAACAAUAUCAUUGGAAAUAUCUAAUCUAGGAGAAUCAAUAUCAACGUGUAGAUUUGCUGGACGUGUAGCCUGUAUUGCUAAUUCUGUAUCGCGUAACGAAGAGCUAGACGAGAAAUCAUUGAUCCGUAAACUAAGGAAACGUAUAGCUGAACUAGAAGCAGAACUGGCUUGCUUAAGAUUAACUGAGGCUGGUGAAGAGGUGGAUUCUAGAAUGAAGUUAAGCGAGGAAGACAAAACCAUUUGUUCCCAGGUGGUCAAACAAUAUCUGGCGGGAAAAAUUGCUGACCCUAUUGCAGCAGGUAUAACAAAUCCCAACAAGUUUAGAGAAUGUCUCAGAAUUCUAAAGAAGGUUGUUGGUAGCCCGACAUUUGGACCUGUGAACCCUGGCGGAAAUGAACAGAGAAGAAAUUCCUUGUCAGUUACUUUACCUACCCAUGCUGCGUUGGAGAAUGGAACCAGCCCUGUAAAUGGGGAACCAGUAGAUGGGGAAACAUUGCAGAGGCAUAAUGUUCAGAAGUUAAAAGUUGAUGCAGACAGCAGAGUAAGACCAAACAAUACAGUACAAGGAUCUAGAUCAAACCAGAAUUCUAGCAUCAGAAGGUCAGCCUCAUUUGACAUUCCAAAUUCUGCAGCGCCCCCUGGUAUGCAAAGGGAAGUAAGCAGAGAUGCUGGUGCCCCUCCUAGCAGACGACAGGCAACACAGGCUUGGGUUAAUGGUAAUGUGGAAAGCCGGGUCACAACAGCAUCAACUGGAGAGCGAUUAUGGACAAGCAACAGUAAAAAGGACCCCGAAACUUUGUCUCAGAUUUUAAAAGAACAAUCUCGCACUCCAUAUGAGCAGAAGAAAGCCAUUGAAAUUAAAAGAUUGAACUCCAAGGUGGAGAAGUUGCAGAAUGAGAGGACUGAGCAAGAACAGAAGGUGAUAGAAAUGAAGAUACAAGUGGCAGAGAAGGAACUUGAUCUCAUGGAGAAACAUAUGAAGACUAAGUUAGGAGUGAGUACAGCCCAAGUUCAGGAUCAGAGUGCCUAUGUGAAACAGCUGAUUAGUACAGAUGCUGACCCCUCACUGAUAGAGCAAGAAAAACUUGUGGAGAGACAACUAAAGAAAAGAAUGGACAAGUAUGAUCGUCAGCUACAGUAUAUAGAGUACCGGCGGGAACAAUUAAAGAAUCAGACGGACGGUGGGGUAGAAGCUGCAGAGAAAAUUGCCAGUAUGCAGGAGAAGUAUGGACAGUUCAAGAAGAAAGAUGGCUCUCUUAAUACGAGACAGGUGUUUCAGAUGUUGAAAUCAGAGGAGAAAAAACAGACUAAGGUAAAGAAUCAAAUUGAAAGGGAGAAACUUCUAGCAACGGCUGAACUUAUGGAGUUAAAAGAACUUGCCACUCGUCAAAAACUUCGUGAACUUAAAGAGGCAAUGUCCUCAGGUAAACCAUUUGCACCUCAGACAAAUUUUGCCUCACAAAUGAACGGACAUGUAGAGGACGGUGCUAGGGAAAAUAGUUUUGCUAAUGAGUCAAAAUCAAAGUCGUCUCGUGAAAAUACUUUUGUUGUAAAUGGAGAUAGAAAUGAGGACAGUCUCAAUGUAUCUGCUAAUGUGCCAAAUAAUGAAUUUUAUUCAAAACGUAAAUCAGAGAAAGACCCUACAUCGAGAUGGGAGUCAAAUUAUUCCCGACCGACGACCCCGUCAAAUUUAGCAUUCGAGUCGUCGGGUAAGAGAAAAGGUAAUAACGAGGAGUUAAAAGUAACAUUUGACGAGAGCACUCAGGACAAUGAAAAAUUAGAUAGUUCUGUGAUAAAAGACAAAGAUAGGAAAUCUGUUUUAACAGCAGACGACAUGCUUGAAAUUCAAAGCAGACGUGUUGAGAAAGAGCUUAAUAAUAGUAGAACAAACAGGCAAAGUAGGGAAAAGUCUUUGUUGAUGAAAAAUGAUCAAAGAACUUACAUGCCUAGUGAAUAUAUAAAUGGUAUAUCAAACACUGAUCACUUUGAUGCUAGAAAAAUGACUCUUUCAUCCAAAAACUUUGAUUCAGCACUGACAUCCAUGUUAGGCCAGGAAAAUAAUCCUGUUUGUCCAGAUAAUAAUGAGUAUGAACAAUUUGCAAGGACUUCUAAAUAUAGACCAAACCCAUAUCUGGAAUCUCAAAGGACUCCAUCCAGACCGAAGGCCAGUAGAGGAAAUCAGAAAAGUGGGCCAGAGAGGUCAAGAGAGACAAGGUCAGCUGAAAGGUCAAAACUGGAGCCAGAUGCAGGGGAAUCGCCUAUGUCAGCAAAAAUUUCCCGAUAUAUACAACAACCUCCUAGUAGAGAAAGACAGUCCAGACAGAAAACCAAGUCAAAACCUAGGCCAUCUUCUGCAGCGAGCAGCAGGGAGCACAUGACACCAUGGGGUUGGCAGGGUAGUAGUGCCCAGGAAGGAAUAGACAUGUCUAAGUUUUUAAUAAGGAACUCUUCAUUCAACAUGUCACAAAAUGACUUGGUGCCAGACGAGGAAUUAGAUACGCCACGUCGUGUGACAGCAUUUAAAGACAAGGAACGCGAGACUAAAUUUAUGAGUAAAGCUCAUAUGGAAAGAGAUCGUGUGCAUAGAAUACGCAAGGCACGACAGUCGGCGGAAGUGAUACAGAGGUCCUGGCGUCGUUACCUAGCAAAGAAGAAAUUCUACUUGAAGAAAGUGAAAUUUACGUAAAUGUCGCUGCCUCAGUCCGGACUGCAAAUUUGUUGAUAUUAUUUAUUAAGAUUUUUUCGAAAUGUUUGUUCAAAUGUUAACCAAGUAUUUACAUUUUUUAAAUAUGUUCAGGAUACAUUUUAAUAAAUGCAUCUAUUCAGUGAAAUAUAUAAAAUGAUACAUGUACAUUCCUCAGAUGAAAGAUUUAAAUACUAUCAUUUUUUGCCUUUAUUGAACAAGAAAUGAAGCUGGGGGGUUAUACAAAAUAUGUUUUCCAAAUGCUUUUAAUUUCUGUAAAAAGUAACUGGAUAUUACAUCAAUUCGUUUGAUUUU